AUGAAAGCCUCUCUAUUAUCAACGUGGGCACUCUGCCUCAUCGGCGCAUCUGCAGCACCUCAAAUUCAGAAGCGGAGUGACGGGGGAUUCUCUGACGGGCAGCCCAUCAGCCCAGAUGGGAAAGGAGGACCCUUUUCAGGCGGCACAAACCACCAGCUGGACUUGCAAAAUCCCAAUAACCUGGGCGAGCAAUCCACCGAUAAUGGAGUCGUUCCAAAUCUCAAAUGGAGCUUCUCCGACUCUAGGACACGAAUCUUGAAAGGUGGUUGGGUUCGGGAGCAAGUAGUUACAGAUCUGCCUGCAAGUCACGACAUUGCUGCUGCCCAGCUGCAUUUAAAGAAAGGGGCCAUUCGAGAACUACACUGGCACCGAGUAGCCGAAUGGGGCAUCGUCUAUGCUGGCCGUAUUACCGUGUCUGCCGUCGAUGAGAACGGCCACUAUGAAGUCUCAGAGCUCGGUUACGGCGAUAUUUGGUAUUUUCCCAAGGGAGUUCCUCAUACAAUGCAAGGUCUUGAGGACGAAAACGAAUUGCUUCUAGUUUUCGACGACGCAGACUUUGACAAGAUCGGCACCACUUUCAACGUUGACGACUGGAUCGCUCACACCCCCCGCUCCGUUCUCGCCAAGAAUUUUGGGGUCGAUGAAUCCGUUUUCGAUUCCAUCCCUCCCGCUGAUCCAUACAUCAUCAAUGGGACGGUUAGCACGCAUAAUGUCACGGGAAAUGCCCCUUCGCUUUCUGGGGACAGCUCCUUCGUCUACCGCACGCUGCAGCAUCCGCCCGAGAAGAUUGGCGGAACUGGCGGCGAAUUUCGCAAGAUUGACUCGACCAAUUUCCCAAUCAGCAAGACAAUUGCUGCGACGUUCGUGACACUGAAGCCUGGUGCUUUGAGGGAGCUGCACUGGCAUCCAAACGCUGAGGAAUGGCUCUACUUCCACAAGGGCACUGCCCAAGCCACCGUCUUUAUCGGUAGUGCUGCCGCCCGAACCUUCAAUUUCCGCGCCGGCGACACGGCCGUCUUCCCGGACAAUUCGGGACAUUACAUUGAAAAUACUUCAGAGACAGAAGAUCUCGUGUGGGUGGAGAUAUACAAAUCGGAUCGUGUAGCGGAUAUUCCUCUUACGCAAUGGCUUGCGCUUACACCGCCAGAUAUCGUUGCACAGACGCUGAGAGUGCCGCUGGAGUUUGUGGAGAAAUUGAAGAAAGAAAAGCAAGUUUUGAUUCAAUAGAUGCCCAGAACAAUUAAUCCGUCACGUAUUGGAUAGCAUCGGAGAGAAAUAUAGAUGCAUCAUCAUCAAUAUCAUAAUUAUUCAUUUGCCUCU